CAUACCCGCAGCCCGGACCCGCCAGAAGCGGACGACACUCGCGCUGAGCGGACGAACAUACAAACAAGUCAUAUUUACUAUAACAAUCAUGAAGUCGCUGUGCAUCUUAUUUGUAAUCGCUAUCACCAGCGCCAUGGCGAUGCAGAUCAGGCCUAAACGGCAGUCCACCCAGUCCGAAGACACAAACGACUUGGAAGACCGCUACGGUUGGCAGUCGCAGGGCAGACCACAGUGGAACCAGAACCGAUUCCCUGGGCAAAACCAGUUCCCGGGACAGAACCGAUUCCCGGGACAAAACCAAUUCCCGGGACAAAACCAAAACCAAUUUCAGGGCCAAUUUCCGGGACAGGGUCAGUUCCCAGGACAAGGACAGUUCCCGGGACAGGGCCAAUUUCCGGGACAAGGGCAGUUUCCGGGACAGGGACAGUUCCCUAACCAAAGCCAAAACCAGCAGUCGACUGUGUCUCCUAAUAAUGCAAAUAGCAACACCGCAACCCAGGACCAGUGCAUCAGCACGUGCCCCGUGACGGCGGAGUACAACCCGGUGUGCGGCACCAACAUGGUGCAAUACGCCAACCCGGGCCGGCUGGCGUGCGCCCAGUCGUGUGGCGUCACUGUUUCCUUGCUGAGGUCAUCGCCGUGCCCGACGACAACUACCGCUGCACCAGCAGGCUAGAUGCAACUCGAGUAUCUACUUUGAAUUAUAGACUGAAUUGAUUAAAUCAUAGUUUUCUAAA